AUGGACCUCUCUCUGCCUGGCAACACUGGAGGGCCCUGCCAGCUUUUCCACAUUACUAUUGCAAGGGAAACAGAGUUGUCCGUCACUGCUGAGUUAGUGCCUACCUCAUCAUGGAACAUUUCCAGUGAACUCGACAAAGAUUCUUACCUGACCCUGGAUGAGCCCAUGAAUAACAUCACUACAUCCUUGGGGCAGACGGCAGAACUGCACUGCAAAGUCUCUGGGAAUCCACCUCCCACCAUCCGCUGGUUCAAAAAUGAUGCGCCAGUGGUGCAGGAACCCCGGAGAAUCUCCUUUCGGGCAACUAACUAUGGCUCUCGACUUCGUAUCAGAAACUUGGACACCACAGACACAGGCUACUUCCAGUGUGUGGCGACAAAUGGCAAGAAGGUGGUUUCUACCACUGGAGUCUUAUUUGUCAAGUUCGGGCCCCCUCCCACAGCAAGCCCAGGAUCCUCAGACGAGUAUGAAGAAGACGGAUUCUGUCAACCAUACAGAGGGAUUGCAUGUGCAAGAUUUAUUGGCAACCGCACUGUCUUUAUGGAGUCUUUGCACAUGCAAGGGGAGAUAGAAAAUCAGAUCACAGCUGCCUUCACCAUGAUUGGCACCUCCAGUCACUUAUCUGAUAAAUGUUCUCAGUUCGCCAUCCCUUCCCUGUGUCACUAUGCCUUCCCGUACUGUGACGACACUUCAUCUAUCCCAAAGCCCCGUGACUUAUGUCGUGACGAAUGUGAAAUCCUGGAGAACGUUCUGUGUCAGACAGAGUAUAUUUUUGCACGAUCAAAUCCUAUGAUUCUAAUGAGACUGAAGCUCCCAAACUGUGAAGAUCUCCCCCAGCCAGAGAGCCCAGAAGCAGCAAACUGCAUCCGGAUUGGAAUUCCCAUGGCGGAUCCCAUAAAUAAAAAUCACAAGUGCUACAACAGCACAGGUGUGGACUACCGGGGCACUGUCAGUGUCACCAAAUCGGGCCGGCAAUGCCAGCCGUGGAAUUCACAGUACCCUCACACACACACCUUCACCGCCCUCCGCUUCCCGGAACUGAAUGGGGGACAUUCCUACUGCCGCAACCCCGGGAAUCAGAAGGAGGCUCCCUGGUGCUUUACUUUGGAUGAAAAUUUUAAGUCAGACCUCUGUGACAUCCCAGCGUGCGAUUCAAAGGAUUCCAAGGAGAAGAAUAAAAUGGAAAUCCUGUACAUACUGGUGCCAAGUGUUGCCAUCCCCCUGGCCAUUGCGCUACUCUUCUUCUUCAUUUGUGUCUGUCGCAAUAACCAGAAGUCGUCCUCGCCACCAGUCCAGAGACAACCGAAGCCUGUCAGGGGUCAGAAUGUGGAGAUGUCCAUGCUGAAUGCAUAUAAACCCAAGAGCAAGGCUAAAGAGCUGCCUCUGUCUGCUGUGCGCUUCAUGGAAGAAUUGGGUGAAUGUGCCUUUGGAAAAAUCUACAAAGGCCAUCUCUAUCUCCCAGGCAUGGACCACGCUCAGCUGGUUGCCAUCAAGACCUUGAAAGAUUAUAACAACCCUCAGCAAUGGACAGAAUUCCAACAAGAAGCCUCCCUAAUGGCUGAGCUGCACCACCCCAAUAUUGUCUGCCUUCUGGGGGCUGUCACUCAGGAACAACCUGUGUGUAUGCUUUUUGAGUACAUGAACCAGGGGGAUCUCCAUGAAUUCCUCAUCAUGCGAUCCCCACAUUCUGAUGUUGGCUGUAGCAGUGAUGAAGACGGGACUGUCAAAUCCAGCUUGGACCAUGGAGAUUUUCUGCACAUUGCAAUCCAGAUUGCCGCCGGCAUGGAAUACUUGUCCAGUCACUUCUUUGUCCACAAGGACCUCGCAGCUCGCAACAUUUUAAUUGGAGAGCAACUUCAUGUGAAGAUCUCAGACCUUGGGCUUUCCAGAGAGAUAUACUCAGCUGAUUAUUACAGGGUGCAAAGCAAGUCUUUGCUGCCCAUUCGCUGGAUGCCCCCUGAAGCCAUCAUGUACGGCAAAUUUUCUUCCGAUUCCGAUAUCUGGUCUUUUGGGGUGGUUUUGUGGGAGAUUUUCAGUUUUGGCCUCCAGCCAUAUUAUGGAUUCAGCAACCAGGAAGUGAUUGACAUGGUGAGGAAGCGACAGCUCUUGCCGUGCUCUGAAGACUGCCCUCCCAGAGUGUACAGUCUUAUGACCGAGUGUUGGAACGAGAUUCCUUCCAGGAGACCGAGAUUUAAAGAUAUCCACGUCCGGCUUCGCUCCUGGGAGGGCCUCUCGAGCCAUACCAGCUCCACGACGCCUUCUGGGGGAAAUGCCACCACGCAGACAACCUCCCUUAGUGCCAGUCCAGUGAGCAAUCUCAGUAACCCCAGGUACCCCAAUUACAUGUUCCCGGGCCAGGGUAUUCCGCCACAGGGCCAGAUUGCUGGGUUCAUUGGCCCGCCCAUACCUCAGAACCAGCGCUUUCUCCCCAUCAAUGGAUACCCGAUACCUCCUGGAUACGCCGCCUUCCCAGCGGCCCACUACCAGCCAGCAGGGCCCCCCAGAGUCAUUCAGCACUGCCCUCCACCCAAGAGUCGGUCUCCAAGCAGUGCCAGUGGGUCGACCAGCACUGGCCAUGUGACCAGCCUGCCCUCCUCAGGAUCCAAUCAGGAAGCAAAUAUCCCUUUACUACCCCACAUGUCUAUUCCAAACCACCCCGCUGGAAUGGGCAUCACCGUUUUUGGCAACAAAGCUCAAAAACCCUACAAAGUAGACUCGAAGCAGUCCUCUUUGCUGGGAGACUCCAACAUUCAUGGGCACACCGAGUCUAUGAUUUCUGCAGAACUUUAA